AUGGCUACCAAAUCACGAUCAAGAAGCCCUGAUGUAUGGGACCAGUUCUACAGGCCGGGGUGGUUCCGGCUGGUGAAUUACCUGGCACGGCACUUAGGAGGCCCACAAGAGACCUUCCAAUCAAUAGUCGCAGCCAUGUUCAGGGCAUACCUGCUUUCCAACGACGAGGGUGCCCCCGCUGCAUAUGCGCUACGUUUCGACGACCUGUUGUUUCGUGAUGUUUACGUAGCAAAAGACCGGCGUGAACGAAGACAUCCGCCUGAGCCCCUCCAGGUAUUUUACGAGACAGUGUUUCCCGUGACCAGGGAAAUGGACUACGAUGAUCCGAAGCAAGUGAAGGUCAUCCAACUACUCUUGGAGUUGCGGAAGCUGCCUACACAUGCGAACAAAGCAUCGGAAUGGAUCGACAAUUUUACGGCCGAAGAAGCCAAAGCCCUGAAAUCUCAGGAAGAUAUCAAAGUUUUUGAGAGCGACGCUGCUGCUUAUAUCAGCUUUGAGACCUUCUGGGCUCGUUGCACGGCCGCCGGACUGGACGCCGAAGACCGUUAUAGGGCUCCUUUUGAUUGGCAAGGGUCCUUCAUCUCAUCAACCCUACAGCCGAAUGAAGAGCUUCUGGACUACGAAAUCACGGCUAUUCUUCAAUUGAUCCUGAUUGCCGGACACGUCAUCCACGCUGAGUGCGUGGCGAAGCAACUCUCGCCGCUGAACCACCCCCUAUGCGGCUCGCGCUGGGGCGGUUGGGCAAACGGCAACGGCCCCGCCGUUUGGAAGUGGUGGGGGGACAGACUCACAGAGAUUUUGGCUGCCCUUGAAGCAGGUCAAGACCCGGGCUUCACACUCUUGGAGAGGAACAGGGAGGCGUUGACAAGGAUGGUGGUGGAAGCCAGGGACAAGGUGGUGGCGCUUGAGCCUGGUUUAUUUACUACAUCGGGCCCGGAACCGGGGACGGAUCCAGCCUGGCUGCCGAAAAAACGAACCUACCUCAAGCAUAGGGGUGACCAUUACGGCUUCAAGUAUAUUAAGGUGGAGGCUACUCACCACCAGCGCAUCCCAACAUCGUCAUCACAUUCCUGA